AUGAAUUUACAGAAACAUAUAGCACAGAGAAAUGCUCAGAAGAAUGUUAUAGACUAUUAUUUAGCGAGAAUAGAAGACGCCAAAAGCGCCGAGAACAUUUCACUGAUCGAUUUCAACGGAAUAUUUGAAAAACUCGCGUUAAAAGUGAAACAAAUGGAAGAAAUGAACGAGAAGAUUGCAAAUCUUACGGACAGCGAAGAAAUUAACGAAGAAAUUAUACAAACCGAAAAGUAUAUGUUGGACUUAGACCUUAAAAUGAGACACCUUAGUGACUUUAGAGAUAAACAGAUUCGUACAGAUGUACAACAACCGCAGUUUUUCCCCACUGAUGGUCAGUCAACUCUUCAUGUGGAGUCGCAGCAGACAUUUUCCUCUGAAUUUUCGCAGUCCACAACUGACAGAUCGUCACAGAGCACUUCCGGUUUUCAACAAGCACAGUUGAAUGUAAAUGCACAUCCUUUCGUCAGUCAGAAUGUAAGUAACAAUUCAUUUCAAUUUCAUAGACUGCCAAAGUUGUCUCUACCAAAAUUUAACGGUGAUAUUCUUAAAUGGCAAGGUUUCUGGGAUUCCUUUGAAUCAACCAUUCACCUGAAUACCAAUCUCACAGACGUACAGAAGUUUACAUAUUUACAGUCUCAGCUAGAGGGCGUUGCAGCACGUACUAUAGACGGUUUUGCCUUAACAAAUUCCAAUUAUUUGAGAGCCAUUAGUUUACUUAGAGAGAGGUUCGGACAACAGCAUAAGAUUGUACAUACCACCAUGCAGGCCUUGAUACAACUACCGGCGCCAUUGAACACGCUUAGCAGUUUACAAGCGUUCCAUGACAAAAUGGAAACGUACAUUCGAGGGUUAGAAUCAAUGGGGCAGAAUCAAGAAAGUUACGGAAGCCUGUUAGUGCCAAUAAUUUUAGACAAAAUGCCACAAGAGGUCAGAAAAAAUCUUGCACGAGAACACGGCGACAAUGACUGGAAGUUAGAAGAACUUAGGAGUGCCCUGAGGAAAGAAGUCCGGAUACUUGAAGUCGGAAUUCAAAGCUAUACACCGGAAAUAAACGAUUUCAUACCGACAUCGUCUUUUUACACUGGAGCGUUAUCAAAGCAAAGAAGAAAGCAAAAUAAAGACAAAACAGAGAUAGAUUUCAAUACAAACAGAAAAAAUAAAUCAAAUGAUAUCAUUUGUGCAUUCUGUGAAGAAUCACAUAAAUCUAUUGACUGUACAAGGUUUCCUGAUACGCUGUUAAGAAUGCAGAAAGUGAAAGAAAAACAAUUGUGCUUUAAUUGUUUAAGAAAACACCGGGUCAUAAACUGCACGUCACAAAGAAGAUGUCUGGUCUGUAAAAAGAAACAUCAUACUAGCAUAUGUAACAACAAGAGUAAAGAACACAACAGUGGCGGGAAUGUUCCGGAUGUACAGCCAUCAAAACCGGAAACGGCAGUUCUACAUUCAUCUACCCAAGAAACUUCCCAUGGUGUUUUACUGAAAACAGCCAUUAGCAAGGUGACUUCCGGUAACAUAACAAGGGAUACUCAUAUCCUGUUUGACGAAGGAGCACAGAAGUCAUUUAUCACCGAGACGCUAGCACAAGAAUUGCAACUAUCCACAUCCGGUACAGAAACCUUACACUUAGCAACGUUUGGUAACCAAGAACAACAACUAAAACAUGUUGAUUCCGCAACGGUAUACCUCAUUACAAACCAGAAAAAGAGAAUACCGAUCAAUGUAUUAAUAGUGCCUACUAUAUCAGUACCUAUUAGUACCAGUCUACACAACACAGCGUCCCAUUUACCUUACCUGAGAGGACUGAACCUGGCACAUCCGGUUAGCGGCGAUGAGGUAUUUACAAUUUCUCUGCUGAUAGGAGCUGACCAUUACUGGGACGUCAUUGAAGAUCAUAUUAUACGCGGAUGUGGACCAACUGCAGUGAAGUCCAAGAUCGGAUAUCUUUUGUCGGGACCUGUGAAUGCAUACUGCAACAAUACUACUAGUAAGAUGAACCACAUAUUUAACGUUAUGACCACACGUGCACGAGAUGAAAACGCUAUAGAACGUUUCUGGUCGCUCGAGAGCAUAGGUAUCACUCCGUGCAAAGACGAGCAUGAGAAGACGGAUUACUUGGUGCAGUAUCAGCAGACGUCAAUUGAAUUUACAGACGAUAAGUACACUGCAGCCCUUCCAUGGAAAUUAGACCACGACCCACUUCCAACAAAUUACAACAUCACAAAGAAAAGAACUGAGAGCACGAUUCGCAGACUUAGCCAGGAACCUGAUAUGCUAAAGAAAUAUGGUGAAAUUAUAUCAGAGCAAGAGAGACGGGGAUUUAUAGAAAAGAUUAACGAUGUUGCACAAACUUCAAAUGCAGUCCACUAUAUUCCCCACCACCCUGUGCGAAAGGAAUCAUCUACCACUCCUAUUCGUAUCGUGUAUGACUGUAGUUGUAAACAGUCAUCUAGUCAACCUAGCCUGAACGACUGCCUGGAGUCUACAGCACCUGUGCUGAAUGAAUUAACGUCUAUAUUGAUGCGAUUUCGAUUGAAAAAGUACGCUGUAACCACUGACAUAGAAAAAGCUUUCCUACAUGUGGGACUACAAGAAAAAGACAGGGAUGUUACCCGGUUUUUGUGGCUCACUGAUCCUAGUGAUCCUAAAUCUCAACUUUGCACAUACCGAUUCAAAGCAGUGUUGUUCGGCGCGACGUGCUCACCGUUCAUUCUUAACGCCACUAUUCUCAAACACCUGGAAUUGAACAAAACAAACAAAGCAGCCGAGAUUAUAAAGAGAGAUUUAUAUGUUGACAAUAUACUCUCUAGUUUUGAAGAAAAAAGAGAUCUACUCACCUAUUUCCGUGAUGCACGUGAUCUGAUGAAAUGUGCCAGUAUGAAACUUAAGAUCGUGCAAUUAUGGAAAGAUAAGUUUGAUUGGGAUGUACCGUUACCACUAGAGGUGCAAGAUAAAUGGAACAAGCUGGCUGAAGAUCUGAACACAGUUACAGAUACAGAGUUUUCCAGACAGUACAUACGGCAGUCAAAGCAUAAACAGACCAUAAAUAAUUCAAGAACAAAAAGUACUCUCCAUGUAUUUGUCGAUUCCAGUCUCAAAUCAUAUGGAGCAGCAGUAUACAUAGUGAACGCAGAUGGAUCCAGAUUGGUGAUCGCGAAAAAUCGGGUAGCUCCCGUGAAACCCAUGACAUUACCACAGCUCGAACUUAUGGCCGCAGUAGUCGGCGCCAAAUUAGUUCAACACGUACAAGAAUCCUUGAACAUUUCCGACGUCAUCUGCUGGUCCGAUAGCCAGAUUGUGCUUCAUUGGUUAUCAACAUCUAAACCACUGAAACGGUUCGUGCAGAACAGAGUGAUAGAAAUACAAACACUUACUAAAAAUUACCCAUGGCACUAUUGUCCAACAUAUGAUAAUCCUUCAGACCUUCUAACUCGUGGUAUUCCUGCUGACCAGCUCUUACAGAACGACCUAUGGAACAGUGGGCCGUCAUGGAUACAAAACCAGUCCAACUGGCCUGUUUGGAAACCAACAGAGAAUGAAAUGCAGACGACAACAAAAACGCAGACGACAGUUUCGGAUAUCUCGUUGCCCUCCGAUGCCACAAAGAUGAGCGUAGUAUGCAGUAUAAAGUGUAGCACAAAUGAAGGCAUCCAUCAAGUAAUCAACAUAGAGAAAUACAGCAAAUACUUCAAACUGUUACGUGUAACUGCCUACUUAUUACGAUUCAUAAGCAAUUGCCGAAAUACACAGACAAAACUUACCGAUGAAUUAACGACAGCAGAAAUCGAAAGAGCAGAGAUAAGGUGGCUAAAAUGUUGCCAAGAAAGUACUUACCCAGAUGAGAUGUCCAGUUUGAAGUCCAAUACCACCAAAAGAUUACCACUUGUCAAACAAUUGCGUUUAUUCGUAGAUAAAAGCGGUAUUAUUCGUUGUGAAGGACGUAUACAUAACGCGCCAUUAUCCGACGUCACCAAAUUCCCCUAUUUGUUACCGAAGAGACAUCCACUUACACGCCUGAUUGUACUAGACACACAUGAGAACCAGUUACAUGCAGGAACGAACGCUACUGCUACCCAGUUAAGGCAGAAGUACUGGAUCCCAGCUACCAGGCAGUGCGUAAAAUCUAUCCUCAGGAAAUGUACAAUAUGCAGACGAGUACAAGGAAAGCCGUAUAGAGCGCCAGAUCCACCACCAUUACCAAAAGUAAGAGUAGAAGAGUCUCCACCUUUCACUGUGACUGGAGUUGAUUACACAGGUGCGUUAUACGUAAGAGACCAUUCCGGAAGCGUAAUAAAAGUAUAUAUAUGUUUAUUCACAUGUGCCAAUUCUCGAGCCUUACAUUUAGAGGUUGUACCAGACCUGUCCAAAGAGUCAUUCCUACUAGCUUUUAGGCGUUUCGUAAGCCGGAGAUCAGUUCCGAGGGUCAUGAUGUCAGACAAUGCUACAACGUUUACAAGUGCUUCAGAAAGCUUGAAACAUAUUUUCCAGUCAACUCAAGUCAGAGAAACAUUAAGCAGAAAAGGCACAGAAUGGAAAUUCAUUCCCAAACGAGCACCAUGGUAUGGAGGAUGGUGGGAGCGACUAAUAGGUCUCACAAAAAUAGCGCUGAAGAAAGUUGUAGGAUGCUCCCUUGUUACCAUGGAAACACUUCAAACGGUAGUUACGGAGAUCGAAGCCAUGCUGAACGACAGACCGUUAACUCAGAUGUCAUCAAGUGUCGAUGACAUGGACCCACUAACACCGUCACACCUUCUCUACGGCCGGAGACUGACGUCACUUCCGUAUAACACAACUACCUUAGACUUUGAAAAUUCAUCCAAAUUUGACGAACAUUCUGCGGUUACAAAACAGGCAAAAUUACAAUCAAAGCUCCUUGACCAUUUCUGGAAACGGUGGAGAAUGGAGUACUUAACAGCAUUACGUGAAUCUCACCGUAAAUCAGGAACGAAUGAACAGAUGAUAGCCGUGGGUGACGUAGUACAAAUCCACGAUGAAUGUCCACGGAACCAAUGGAAACUAGGCGUUGUUGAGCAGUUAAUUACCGGAAGAGACGAUCGUACCCGAGCUGCUACAAUUAGAACUGCGAACGGAACUACAACCAGACCAAUAGUGAAAUUAUACCCACUAGAAUGUGUGAACUAUAGAAACACUUAA